AUGGAUUCAGCACCACAACAGGAGUCCAGAUACCAGCACGAUUACUCCUUGCCGGCCGCGGCCUCCGGCAACGGCCUCUACACCGGCCGGCCAAGAAGCACAGCCGCCGGAGAUUCCAAUGAUGCUUUCCUCUUCCUGGCCGUCCCGGCAGGCUGCCUGAUUUGGCUGGUCGCCUUCCUCGGGGAGCUCGUCGCCUCUGCCAUCCUCAGCCUCGUCUUCCCCGUCGCCGCUCUCUUCGGCGCCCUGCGCGCCCUUCCUGCGGUGGUCGCCUCUAACCUCCGGCGCGCGGCACUCGGCCUGCUCGCCGCUGCGUGUACGUUCGCCGCCCUUGUCGCCGCGCUGCCCGUGUCCGUGCUUCUCGGCUUCGUCCUUGUCCGGCACUGGGUGGAGGAGCCGGUGACCGUGCGCCAGCCGCUCUACUUCGACUACACGGUGGCGCAGCCUAGCGCCGCGGUGGCCCUGGGUGGAGCGCGGGGCGCGGCGCUGCCGGCCGGGCACUCGGUGACGGUGUCGAUGGCGCUGGUGCUGCCUGAUUCCUACCACAAUCGAGAGGUUGGCAUGUUCCAGAUUAAAGCAGAGGCAAUCUCUGUUAGUGGAAUCACCAUGGCGUCAGCUGCACAGCCAUACAUGCUGAGGUACAGGAGCACCCCUGUCCGGCUAGCGCAAUCUGCGCUGAUGUGCGUGCCACUCACGCUGGGCAUGCGCGGCGAGACCCAGACUGCAAAUCUCAAGGUGUUGCUGUAUACGGAAGGUCAUGACCGUCACAAGAGGACAGGGCUCAUCAGAGUUCUGCUGCAGCCAAGAGCUGCUACAUUGCAGCUGCCUCAGGUGUACAGAGCAGAGGUGGUUGUGCAGACAACUCUUCCGUGGACGAAGGGCCUGGCACGCGGCUUGAAAUGGACACUGUGUGUGUGGGUGUCUUCCUCUGUCUACAUUGUCCUCGUUGUUCUUGCCAUUUGUUGGGUCCGGCCCCUUGCGGCAUCUGCAAGAAAUAGAAGGUCAUCGGAGAUUCAGGCCAAUGGAAAGAUGGCUUCUGGUUUAGGUACAGGAGACAUUGGGGGUGAGAGCCCGAGCAAGGAAUUAUCUGAAGACUUUACAAUGAAGAGGAGAGAGAGGGGAAGCAAGCGGAAACCACAAUUUCGGACACAGUUACAUGGAGGCAGCAUGGAGCUCGAGUUCACUGAGGGUUCAACUUCUAGUGUUGCUGUGGCGGAGAUUGGUCAGGCCAUGAAUGAUCCUUGA